CUUAUAAAUUAUAAAUCACAUCAACCGCUACGCAACGUUAUCAAUACAAUUAUUAUUUUCUGACAAAAUUAUGGCUGUAGCACAUAAAUUUGUUUUUCAGAAACAUUUUGAUGGUUUUCCCAAAGAAAGCGAUUUUAAACUUGAAAAAGAAGACUUGCCAAUACCUAAUGAUGGCGAAUUUUUAGCUGAAGCAGUUUAUCUCAGUGUUGAUCCUUACAUGCGACCAUAUUCUCGUGCUUUACCAAUUGGAUCUACGUUCAUGGGAUCACAAAUUGCUAGAAUAACUGAGAGCAAAAAUUCCAAAUAUCCUAUUGGGAAAUAUGUAAUAGGUAACUUUGGAUGGAGAACUCAUACUAUUUCCGAUGGAAAACUUGGUGAACCAAUGAUAUUACCAGAUUUCGGGAAAUUACCGCUGUCGCUUGGACUUGGAGUGUUGGGCAUGACUGGAGCAACUGCAUAUUUUGGAUUCCUUGAGAUAUGUAAACCGAAGAAAGGUGAAACAGUUGUGGUUUCUGGAGCAGCGGGAGCUGUUGGAAGUCACGUUGGCCAAAUAGCAAAAAUCAAAGGUUGUACAGUAAUAGGAAUAACGGGAUCAGAUGAAAAGGGAAAAUGGCUGGUAGACGAACUUGGCUUCGAUCAUUUCAUAAAUUACAAAACAACAGAUUUAGAGAAAGUUUUACCUGAAGUUGCACCAAAUGGAAUAGACUGUUACUUUGAUAACGUUGGAGGUGAUAUUAGUUCAACAGUAAUCUACCAAAUGAACCACUUUGGCCGUAUCGCAGUUUGUGGAGCUAUAUCUGGAUAUAACGAAGGAGAAAAACAAGAUGUUAUCAUCCAGUUCCCAGUGACCUUUCGUCAACUCAGAAUGGAGGGAUUCAUUGUUUCCAGAUGGAACGAAAGACGAAUGGAAGCAAUAAAACAAAACCUUGAAUGGAUCGAGCAAGGCAAACUAAAGUAUCAGGAAACCAUCACUAAUGGUUUCGAAAAUAUGUUCAAAGCUUUUUAUGAUAUGUUAAAUGGUGGUAAUGUGGGGAAAGCUCUCGUCAAAGUGUAGAUGUGGCUGUUGCAUUUUGAUACAUGUCAGUAAAUUGCAAAUAAUGAACUCGAGAGGUUUUAUACAAAAGUGAAGGUGUUCAUUGUUGGUUAUCGUUACCAAAGGCAUUUCAGAAUUAAAUAUUUUUGAGUAUCA